AUGUCCAAAUCUCACACAUUCUGCCACCAGAUGAUAGGAGACGAAGAGACGGAACGGACACAGCUCUUAGCAUCCAUAUCCACAUGGGAUGUGGCAGCAAAGCGACGCUUCAACGAACUCACGCCCGUCGGAAAGCUCCCUUCGGAGGUGCUCUGCGAAGUGUUCAUGCAUCGGUCCGUCGGCUGGUACAUCGGGGCCAAGAGCUGGAUUGAAGUUGGGCACGUUUGCCACCGCUGGCGCGAAACCGCCCUCAACUACCCAGCACUCUGGGGCCAGAUUGACGCGUGCACAUCGGAGUGGACGCGAGAGCUGCUGCUGCGUUCCAAGCAAGCUCCGUUGGACGUUCAUAUUCCCAUCCGUUACUUCUCAAAUGUCGGGGAGGAAGAUAUCAUCCUCCUCCUUCGCGAGCUACAUCGUAUGCGGUUUUUCGCCUGGGAUGCCUAUUAUCCCAUCAAAGGUCUUGAUCUCCCCAGGGCCACACCCCUCUUGCGUUCCCUCUCCCUCCGCUGUCGUAGCAUUUCGGCAUAUGCAUCGUCUGUGACCCCUUUUGACGUAACUGAGGCCCCGGCAUUGACACGACUUGAGGUCAUCGAUGCACCAGUCUCAUGGACAAGCAAACUCUUCCAACCUACUCUCACACAUCUAACGCUCCACAUGCAACCUCAAUUGUCGAAAGUUGUCAGCUGCACUAUGCCACAGGUGCUCGACGUCCUUCGGACCAUGCCUCAUCUGCAAUCGUUGGAACUUCUCAAUGUACUUCCCGCUGCCACCAGAGCUAGUGUCGGAGCAGACACACACGCUCAUUUCCCACACCUGCGCUUUCUGGAUCUCUGCGCACCUGCGUCUGUCAUUCGCUAUCUCUUGGGACAUAUUUCUUUCCCCGAGGAUGCCAACAUCACCGUCGUAUUCUCAGACCCUAAUCCCGACAAUAUGAAGCAGAGCAUGUGUUUGCUCACGUCUAGUAUUACUCCGGCCACCAGUUCCGAGGGCUCUGCACGGUCACUGCAGUCAUUCUAUUACGAAUACGGUAUCGCUGAAUUUUGGGCCAUAGGCCUGACUCCCCGUACCCUGUUAGAAUGUCGGAGCCCUUGCAGCCCGACCGAGCUUCAAGGCGCUCGUCGCGUCCUCGCAGUGCGGGCGAAGAACUUGCCACCAGAUGAAACCUUCUUUGAGAUGAUCUGUCAUUAUCUACCCCUGGCGACGGUGAGCUCAGCUCUCAUUGAUAUCAGACAAAUGAAGGACGACCAAUGGCGAGGCGCCUGCGAGCGUAUGCCCUACGUCCGCAAGCUCGGCGUCAUCGGCCCUCCCCGGUCCCACGAGCCCGUCAUCAAGUCGCUUUCAGCAUCUGCGACUGCAUCGGACGGCUCGCCCUGUUCGCUUCACCGCAUAUGUUGGCUGUACGCCUUCCCGAAACUGGAAGCACUGUUCAUUGGCUUUCGCAGCAACAGCGAUGAUCGUCUUCUGGACGUGUACGCAAAUGCUCUCCAAGACCGCAGUGACGCAGGGCACCAGCUUUCUCGCCUAGAGGUACUCGACUAUUCCGGCAUUUACCCUUAUGCUGCUGCCGUCCGGGCUGUAGCGAAGGAAGUGCUUUAUAACGGGUGCUUCAGGUCCUACCAGUAGAACGACUUCUCGUCGUCGCUAACACUGAAUCCGGAUAACAAGG